CAUAGGGUAGUACGCCGUAGCCUCCGCGUAGACUCGAAGUAUAAAUCAGGCUUAACGGCUCAGCCUUUGAUCUGCGAGUUCUGCCGUCGGAUUUUUUAAUUGAAUGAUACAGCUGUAAGAUGUCAAUAUACAAUGAAAUCGGUAAUUCCCAGGACAUGAGCAGGGCCGUGGUCCCAGGACAGAUAUCGCAGGUUGACCCUUUCACAACAACAGCAAACACAGGACAUUCCCAGGUCAUUGCUUCUGUGUGAAAGGGGUAUGAGGGAAAUAGCCACUUCCAUUUGAUUUGGUGCCAUAUUCAUCUCUGAUAUUCCCAAACACCGAAUAAUAAGUUCUUUGAAGGAACUGGAUAUGCUAGGGGAACCAUACAAAAACAACAGAAUAUAUAUGUAUUUUACCAAUUUAUCCAAAGCCACUCAGAAAAUUCAAUGCUGUUUUACAUUGGGAAUGAGGAAUCUUACUAUACUGUGAUUGUGGAAAAAGGGUACAUUGUAUUGCGAUGGAGAGAAGGUAACAAUGUACUGGAACAGAAAAGUGCAAAAAAAGAGUUUCCUUUGACUCAAGGUAAAGAGCUUCAAGUUGUUCUUCUUGGCCAAGCAAAGAAAAUCUUGGUUCGUUUGACAGGGCAGGACGUUAUCACGGCCAAAUACACCCCGGAGGAGUACAAAAGUUAUUACCUUGGGGGUCUGGCAUCCUCACUGAGGGAGAGAUACAACAUUACUGCCCCACCAUUUAAAGGAUGCAUGUCAAACAUCAAGUUGGACAGUAUUGUGGUCACGUUUGAGGAUGAAAUUGGUGUUGGCCGGGGGUGUUCCAGUGAUUUUCUGGCAAUCCGUGAGUCCACGUUUGCCCUGGGUGGCUCCCUCUCUGCACCACCGAGGGGCUUCAAGCUGAACGCCGACAUGACAAUCUCCCUGGGGUUCAGAACCUUGCAGAAUGGGGGUGUUUUGCUGAAAAACAACCAGGGGGACAUUGGAAUGGAACUUUCCCUGGUUGACGGGUUUGUAGUAUUCAACUUGGAUAAGAGAGCCUUGAAGUCAAAUCGAAUGUACAAAGAUGGUAAAUGGCACUACCUGACGGUUAAAAAGCGUGGUUCAAGGCUAGAAAUGAGAGUUGAUGAAGAGGAUUUGGGACAGGUGCAGCCUCUCUCCUCUUUGGUCACUGCUAAUGGACCAGACGUCCUGCUGGGGAAAGGCACCUUCCAGGGCUGCCUCACCAAUCUUUACAUGAGGAGACCCGGUGCCCUGUACAAGCCGGAGGACUUGAGUGCAUUCAGCUCCAGUGGGGACGUGUCUGUGGGCGUCUGUGCAGCAGAGCAUCCUCCACAGCUCAUUGUCGCCAGCCUCUACCAGGACCCCGGCCACUCCGCUUGGGAGACAGAACUUUGGCAGGGUGACAGCACCUCUAGGUGCAGUCUCCCCCCUGCUGUCAAUCGUGCUUACCACCUUGGAGGCCCCACCAGCCAUCUGAGAUACAACAUCGCUCCACAGGUGCUCAAUUACAGGCCUCAUUUCUCACUAGCUUUCAGGACCAGGUCAGCGGAGGGGCUACUGCUUUUUGUUGGCAGUAAACGAGGUCACUGGCACAUGGCCCUGUACAUAACUAAAGGCAGGAUCAAACUGUCUGUCGGGGGGAAUUUGCCAAUCACCCACAUGGAAAUGUGUAAUGAUGGAAAGUGGCACACGGUCAUGUUCAGCUUAGAGAUGAAUACAUUCCACUUGGUCGUGGAUCAACACCGUGCCAUGGAUGGUGUCCUAACCCACAGUAACGGCUCCUCUCUGGAGUUGCAGCCACCAGUUUUCCUGGGUUCUGUGCCUCAGUACACCUACACUGAGAGUCAGAGGCUUCUCCCUAGGGAAAGUGUGGUGGGUUGCAUUCGGAAUUUUAAGAUGAACAACCAGUGGAUUGAGGAGCCCUCAGCCAAUCACGGAGCUCCACCGUGUUUCAAUGGAAACACUGAAAAGGGGGCCUACUUCUCAGGAAAAGGGGGAUAUGUUGCUUUAGACUGCCCUAAUUCCAAUUUUAUGGGUGUGGGCUUUCACCUGGAGUUUGAGGUUCGGCCCAGAAACAUGACAGGCAUUCUCCUCCACAUCAGGGAUCAGCAUCACCCCCACCUUGUUUUGUUCAUGAAGAACGGGGAGGUUGUGCUCAAGGCGAGAAGUACAGCAGGUGAAUCCAGCGUGUCUGUAACACAGCAAGGCCUUUGUGACGGCCUGUUCCACCGUGUGACAGUUUCCAGAAAGAACACUGUUCAGCUGACUGUGGACGAGAAGUCUGAGCACAUGAGAGGUUCCUCUUUCUCUGGCAUAAGCAGUGGAUGUCACCUCUAUGCCGGUGGUGUUCCAGACACUUUCUUGCACCACAAACCUCCAGUCAAGGCAUCUUUUGUUGGCUGCAUACGAAACCUGCGGAUAAACGGGAAGCCCAUCUCCUUUGGCAAAGCACCUCAAGUGUUCGGCCCAGUGAAUACCCAAGAGUGCCCUGCAAGCUGAGGGAACACUGUGCACUGAUGAAACAAUGACAUCAUAUUCACUGCUGACAGAGCAUUGGCCAUUGCUAAAUGGAAAGUUGUGGCUGGUUAAUCGAGCAUUUUAAAUUGGA